AUGCAGAUUUGCUCCCACAGCUGGCUGGAGACUCCACGGGGAAGCCCUUUUCAGCACAGAUACUUAGAAUUCUUGAAUCUGCCGCCAGGAGUCUGCCGGGGGAGAAGCAAAGGGCCCUGCAGCCUGGACUUGCUGCAGAGCCUUCUCUUCGGUCCCUACUCGAACACGGCGGGUUUAGAGGUGACUUGGUCAGUGGCGGAAGGUCCUCACAGCGAAGUGAGAGGACCACCUCCAUAUGCAGAGGCUAGGAAUCCCUACCUGUAUUCAAAGGACAGAAGCCCACGGCUAGAGCUGACUAACUGGGAAGUGGGAGUUCCAUCUGGAUCUCCACAUCAGACUGAAGAACGAGAAGAAGAUGGAAAAGCUCGCCUGUGUUCUUGUUCCUGGAAACAAGUAGUGAUUCAUGUCCUCAUGUUAUCCAAUGCCUCAUUAACAGGUCUCCUUGAUGAUUCAGGGCCUCAGACCGGGGGCCCGCCGCCUCCACCCACAGGGGGCCCAGGCCCCGGGCCUAAGCAGGGCCCAGGACCCGGAGGCCCGAAGGGUGGCAAAAUGCCAGGCGGGCCGAAGCCCGGCGGUGGCCCGGGCCUAAGCACUCCUGGCGGCCACCCCAAGCCGCCGCACCGAGGCGGCGGGGAGCCCCGCGGAGGUCGGCAACACCACCCGCCCUACCACCAGCAGCACCACCAGGGCCCCCCGCCUGGCGGGCCAGGCGGCCGCAGCGAGGAGAAGAUCUCCGACUCAGAGGGAUUUAAAGCCAACUUGUCUCUCUUGAGGAGGCCUGGAGAGAAAACUUACACUCAGCGUUGUCGGUUGUUUGUUGGGAAUCUACCUGCUGAUAUCACAGAGGAUGAAUUCAAAAGACUUUUCGCUAAAUAUGGAGAACCAGGAGAAGUUUUUAUCAAUAAAGGCAAAGGAUUUGGGUUUAUUAAACUUGAAUCUAGGGCAUUGGCUGAAAUUGCCAAAGCUGAACUUGAUGAUACACCCAUGAGAGGUAGACAGCUUCGGGUUCGUUUUGCCACACACGCUGCCGCUCUCUCCGUUCGAAAUCUUUCACCUUACGUUUCCAAUGAACUGUUGGAAGAAGCCUUUAGCCAAUUUGGUCCUAUUGAAAGGGCUGUUGUAAUUGUGGAUGAUCGUGGGAGAUCUACAGGGAAAGGCAUUGUUGAAUUUGCUUCUAAACCAGCAGCAAGAAAAGCCUUUGAAAGAUGCAGUGAAGGUGUUUUCUUACUGACAACAACUCCUCGUCCAGUCAUUGUGGAACCACUUGAACAAUUAGAUGAUGAAGAUGGCCUUCCUGAAAAACUUGCGCAGAAGAAUCCAAUGUAUCAAAAGGAGAGAGAAACACCUCCUCCUUUUGCCCAACAUGGCACAUUUGAGUAUGAAUAUUCUCAGCGUUGGAAAUCCCUGGAUGAAAUGGAAAAACAGCAAAGGGAACAAGUUGAAAAAAACAUGAAAGAUGCAAAAGACAAAUUGGAAAGUGAAAUGGAAGAUGCCUAUCAUGAGCAUCAGGCAAAUCUUCUGCGUCAAGAUCUGAUGAGACGCCAGGAAGAAUUAAGACGCAUGGAAGAACUUCACAAUCAAGAAAUGCAGAAACGUAAAGAAAUGCAACUAAGGCGAGAAGAAGAACGACGUAGAAGGGAGGAAGAGAUGAUGAUUCGUCAGCGUGAAAUGGAAGAACAAAUGAGACGCCAAAGAGAGGAAAGUUAUAGCCGGAUGGGCUACAUGGAUCCAAGAGAAAGAGACAUGAGAAUGGGUGGUGGAGGAGCAAUGAACAUGGGAGAUCCCUAUGGUUCAGGAGGCCAGAAAUUUCCACCUCUAGGUGGUGGAGGUGGCAUAGGUUAUGAAGCUAAUCCUGGAGUCCCACCAGCAACCAUGAGUGGUUCCAUGAUGGGAAGCGACAUGCGUACUGAGCGCUUUGGGCAGGGAGGUGCGGGACCUGUGGGUGGACAGGGUCCUAGAGGAAUGGGGCCUGGAACUCCAGCAGGAUAUGGUAGAGGGAGAGAAGAGUAUGAAGGCCCAAACAAAAAGCCCCGAUUUUAGAUGUGAUACCUAGGUUUUCAUUCCAGUUUGUUUUUGUCUUUUCUUGUUUAGAUACCAAUCUUUUAAAUUCUUGCAUUUUAGUAAGAAAGCUACCUUUUUAUGGAUGUUAGCAGUUUAUUGACCUAAUAUUUGUAAAUGGUCUGUUUGGGCAGGUAAAAUUAUGUAAUGCAGUGUUUCAAACGGGAAUUUUUUUUCUUUUUAUUUACUUUUUUUUUUAACUGUAUAAUGUCCCUCAAGUUAUGGCAGUGUACCUUGUGCCACUGAAUUUCCAAAGUGUACCAAUUUUUUUUUUACUGUGCUUCAAAUAAAUAGAAAAAAUAGUUAUAAAAAAAAAAAAAGAA